UGGACCCAACCACCAACACAACAAAACAGUGGCAGCUUUAAAUACAAAGCUUAAUCUAAUAUUCCUAACUCUCUUGUUUACCAAAAAAAAAAAAAAAAAAAACAUGAAGUUCCUACUGGAACUUAUGGCUUGCUGUGGCUGUUCUUCUCGUUUACCCCCAGCUGAAGACAUUGGGCCUCUCGUUCCAGGCCCGGCCCAGCCCGCUAACCGUAAGAACCGAAGGAGGAGGAGAGGUAGAGGUACGCCGAUGAGUUAUGGUGCUAAUAAUUGGAGGCCAUCUCUUUCGGUCAUUUCUGAAGACAACGCUCUACCACCUAGGAAUGUCAAGAGAAAAGUCUUACCUGAAUCCCCGCCGGCCAGUCAGCCACGUCACCGUCACGAAGACACCAGGAGAAUUCCUAUUUCAGCUUUGGCGCCAGCUUUCUCCCCAUCUCCUUUUUUAUUUUAAUUGUGGACUGCUCAACAAUCCUUUAUUUGGGGGUCUUGCAGUUGUAAUGAACAUGUAUCAUGUAUACAUGUCCUGUAUAUAUUUUUAUCUUAUCUGUUUGUCUUCGUAA